UUGCCCUCACAAGAUACAAUAAUGAAAAUACUAUCCGACAGUAUUUCACUGUUAUGUGAUGCAUCACAUGAAAUAGAUCUCCGGAGGAGAACCUUGUUCAAGGGAGACAUGAAAACUGAAUACAAACUACUAUGCAGUGACCAAAACCCAGUUGAGGAUGGCCUGUUAUUCGGCACUGACCUUGGAAAAUCUGUAAAGGAUUUGACAGAAGCCAGCAAAGUGACUUCGAAAGUAACACUCAAACAAAAAAGACCACAGCAGUGGUCAGCAAUUUCAUGGAAGGUCAGAACCCAGAAGACCUUUCCCUUUUUUAGGCCGGGGAAGAGGCGCUGUGAGCAGGCACAGGGGCGGAUACAGAAAUCCACCACCAAGAGGCCAUCAACAGUAUCCGCCUCGAAGAUAAACAGCCAGCCAAGGAAAAAACCUGUAAAUAGUGUUCAGUAUGUUAUCCCGAGUUCUUCAGAAGUUACAGGAAGAUCAGGGCCAAGCUAUUGUCAUAGCACCACUAUGGAGAACUCAAGUUUGGUUUCCCAAGAUCUGUCAGAUGUUAAUCAGUCAGCCGGUACUUCUGCCAAGGGUGAAAACUCUGCUACAGCUGCCACACAACAAGACCAAGAUCCACCCCUUAUGGCCCAAACUUCAACUGAUGGCAUGUCUCUUGUCCAGACAAAACUCAGUAAGGAGAACAUUUGAAAAAGAGCUUGCGACAUCAUCUUGGAAUCAUGGAGGACUGGCACCACAAAGCAGUACCGAGUGUAUUUGGAUAAGUGGACAAAGUUUGCAGCAGCAAGAAAUGAAAAUUCCAUUCACCCAACUGUAGCCAAUAUCCUUGACUUCUUGACACAACUCAAUGAUAGUGGAAGCAGCUAUUCAGCAAUAAACACUGCUAGAUCUGCCUUAUCUGCAGCAGUAGAUUUGACUGAUAGUACUUACACAGUGGGUGAACAUCCACUGAUAAAGAGAUUUGUCAAAGCAACCUUCCAGUCCAGGCCACCCCUUCCACGGUAUCAGACAAUAUGGGAUGUAUCUAAGGUUUUGGAUUUGCUCAAAACUUGGAGCCCUGCUAAAAACCUGAACUUGAAAUUAUUAACUUUUAAAUUGGUUAUGUUGUGCAUGUUGGUUACUGGACAAAG